GCCCCCGCGCCAGCGGAGUCCCCGGGAGGGGGGGGAGCUGCCGGGCCGGGCUGCACAAACCCCGCUCGGCCGCGGCCACGUCACUGCUCCGGACCCCGUGCGGGGCGUGGGGAGCGGCACCGCGAGCUCCCGUUACUGAACAGCCUUGCCCCGGCCCGGGCCAACUUCGGGAAAGCGCACGCCAGCGUUCGAGCCUUUGGCGGCAGCGCUCGCCAGUGGCUCCGGCCGCCGCUGCCGGCAGCGGGCGGAGCGGAGGCGGGCGGGUUUGAAAGGGAGGCGCCGGCUGCCAUGUAAGCGCUGGCCGGGAGCGCCGCGGCCGGCAGGGGCUGAGCUGGGAGCGGCCGCCGCUCCGGCCCGUCCCGCGGUGCCGCCCUCGCCCCGGGCAUGGGAGCGGAGCGGAGCGGGGUGGCCGGAUCGGAGCGGAGCUGCAGUGGGGGCGGCCUCCGGGAGGCUCAUGGCCUUCAUCAUGAUGAGGAAGAAGAAGUUCAAGUUCCGCGUGGAGCUGGAACUGGACGAGCUUUCCUCCGUGCCUUUCGUGAACGGCAUCCUCUUCUGCAAGGUGCGGCUGCUGGACGGGGGCAGCUUCAGCGGGGAGUCCUCCCGGGAAGUAGUACAGGCAAAUUGUGUCCGCUGGAAGAAAAAGUUCUUCUUUAUGUGUAAGAUCAGUGCCAGUGCCACAACAGGGAUUCUGGAUACUUGCACUUGCAGGGUGUCGGUAAGGAAGGAAUUAAAAGGAGGAAAGGCAUAUGCAAAGCUGGGAUUUGCAGAUCUAAAUCUAGCAGAGUUUGCUGGAUCGGGAAAUACCACUCGUCGCUGUUUACUGGAAGGUUAUGAUACCAAAAAUACAAGACAAGACAACUCCAUUCUCAAAGUUUUGAUCAACAUGCAGUUGAUGUCUGGAGACCCAUGCUUUAAAACGCCUCCUUCCACAGCAACAUCUAUAGCAAUUGCUGGAGAAUCAGAGUCUUUGCACGAAGACAGGAAAGGUGGAGAAAACUUACAAGUAGCACAUCUGGGUAUAGCAGAUGUCUCAUCGAAGAGUGCCUCAGUCCCAGAUGAACUUGGUGCAUGUGGACAUUCCAGAACAUCAAGCUAUGCAAGUCAGCAAUCAAAACUGUCAGGAUAUAGCACAUGUCACUCUAGAUCAUCCAGUCUGUCUGAACUCUGCCACAGGAGAAACACCUCAGUGGGGAGUACCUCAGUGGGAAGUACCUCAACAGGAACUGGAAGUAUUCUAGAGCCAUGUGAAGAGUCAGAGACAAAAGUAACUGAAACUGAUAUUGAUACAUCUGUUGAAGAUGCACCACCAGAAAAACAAUGCAGACAUCCUGUAAAGCAGGACUCUGUGGAGUCACAGCUGAAGCGGGUUGAUGCUACCAGAGUUGAUGCUGAUGAUAUAGUUGAAAAAAUACUCCAGAGUCAAGACUUCAGUUUAGACUCAAGUGCAGAAGAAGAAGGUUUAAGAUUAUUUGUGGGCCCUGGUGGAAGCACUUCUUUUGGAAGCCACCAUCUACCUAACAGAGUAGGAUCUGGAGCAUAUGAGCAGGUGGUAAUAAAACGCUAAACUGGAAUGUCAAAUGAGGAAAACUUGGAGCUCUGAUGUUGAUACUAUUGGUACUGUUUGCUGCAAGAGCUGAGAAAGACAAAAGGAACUCAAUGUGAUCUUUUUCUGAAAAGUAGUGGAAUGCCUCUUGCCCAUAGAGCAUCAUCUGUGGUAUGAAGGCAAUGUUUAGCUGUGUACCUUGUGAGAGCACUUGGACCAUUUUUGUAAGCUCUGUCUGAUGUUAGUGGAAUUACUUAAUUUCUGUGAAACAUCUGUGGAAGCAUGUCCCAUUUCAAUAUUUUAUAUGUGAGAUCACUUGUGAUGAUGGACUUUGUUUGUAAUGUUGUUUCUAAAGAAACUUCUGAAAGUUGGUCUUAAAAGAACCAGAAAAAAGUAAUUACUGAAUUUUAUCCUACAUGCCAUUUUAUUUUUACAAAAGCUUAUUACUCCUCUCAAGUCAGUUUUUGUCAGGUCAAAGUUAUGGCUUCCAGAAAAACAGGCCACCUAUAGUGUAACUAAAAGCUUAAGAGUACUGAGUAGAACUUCAUUGCAAGGUUCAAUAGAAGAAGUGAACACCAUGUACAUUUGAAACAAACCCCCAAAACUAAAUAGAUCUAAACCAGCCACUAAUCAGUUAUGUUAACUGUAAAUUAAGGAUACAGGUUUAAAUAUAUCAAAUGUGACUUUUUUUUUGUUCAAGUGAUGAAACAAGUGGGAUUCCACACCAAAACACUAAGGCACAGUAGUGUUUUAUCAAGAAAGCUGCCUUGAUUGUUAAAUCUGGAGUUCAGCAGCUGCUCCCGCAGAAACUCACUAAGAUAAUGCAUGAACAUUGAGAUUCAAUGGGAUGGUACUGUUUACAAAACAAGUCAGUAGUUUACCACUUAAUUUUUUAAAUUGUAGUUUAAUCCUUCACAGUCAGUGCUUUGCUUCUGUUUUGAAUGUGCCUUGCGGGACUGGGGGUGUACAGGGAGAUUAAACCAUUUACUAAGGAAUUUAAGCUUUAAAACUAGGUAAACAUCUAUACUAUUAUUAAUAUAACUUGUUGAGAGAAGCACUUUAUUGUAGACAUACUCUGCACACUGAAAAAGUCUUAGUGCGCAACAGCUCUGUUGAACACUUCUUUUGCUAUCUGUCCACUGUUCCAUUAGGUCAAUGUACUGUAUUUAAAUUUGCACAAGUAGUGAUUUGCCUGACAGGCAAGAAAGAGCUCUUUAAAUUUUCAUUGAAAAUAUGAAAGAAUCCAUUUUUAAAGGGAUGUGUUGGGUAACAAAUAAUGGUAAUUGUAAACCACAAAUUACUUAAAUGUUUUACAUUUAGUGGUACUGUUCAUCAGUUACAGCCUGGAAUAAAUAAAAAUAGUGUGGCCACUUUCUUGAAAGCUCAGACUUCAAAUUUUGCUCAGAGUGAUGUUUGAUACCUUAUGGAUGUAAAAGUAGGCCAUAUUUAAUAGGUUAAAUUAGGAAAAGCAAACUGUGUUUUCCAGAAAUCCAUAGUAGAAUUAUUAAAUUUUUAUUUGUAUUUUUAUGAAAAUUUCAGCUCUCAAAGCUAGAAUGCUUCUAUUGAAUAUGAUGAAUAUGAGCUAUUUCUCAGUUUAGGUACUUGUAUACUUUUAUUUCUACUGUUCAUUAUCAUUUCUUUAGAGUGUCUAAUUAGGUAAAAGAAUUAAUACAAAGAUUCUAUUUUUAGCUGCUCUUACUAGAAGUGUGGUAUUAUCAGUUUCUGUUCUCCACAGGAAUUUUACACAGAAACUACUCAACUGCUGGUAACAACUCUCUAUCAGAACAUUAUAGUCUUCUUUCCUGUUUUAUAACUAAUUCAUACCGAAAAAUCCCACUGCAAGCAAAAGAUAUCAGAAAUCUGAAUACAUUCUUUGCUUUCAGUACUCCUUGAUACUGCUAUACUUGUUGACAAAUCUAUUAUAACUAGUAGUAGUUAAAUGGUAGUUUACUUACAUCUACUAGGAAAACAACAACAAACUACAAAACAGACUUUUAAAAAACACUGUACAGCUACUUAUGUAAUUCUCAAGGGAAUUUCCAUAGCCCAUUGCAUUUUAUGUUAACCAGCAUAGCUAAUGGUCAUCUGUUAGAUAAUCUGUUUAUUAGAAACAGUAUUUUCUUGCCUGAGCAGAUCUUUUAAAUAAUAGGGAAGUUGACAUAGAAAUACAGCUUUUCAUAAAACUGUAUCUUAGUAAUUUAUUCUUCAGACUUGACUUACAACUCUUUGUGAAGUGAUAAUCUAAUUGUGCAUCAUGUAAGUGAAAAUAACCACAUUCAGGUGCUGUAUUUUCAUUUUUGUAAACUAUGUUAUAUUAAUACUGGAGACUUCCAUGUUGUAAACUGUUUGGGAUGUAUUGGUGGAUUAUAAGUUUUUUUAACUGUAUUUAAAUACAAAUCUCUCAGACAUUCAAUAAACUCAUGUCUUCAGCUUGGAA